UAAAAGUCGUUUACCGUUGCUUCAGUACAGCCAGAGUGAAACACACGAAAGAUACAAACAGCACACGGGCUAGCAUUAGCUUUUCUUUUGUGAGACGGUUGUCUGAAGACGAGUUUGGUGUUUUAGGUAAAUAUUUUAGGGUUUGCAGUAAAAAUGUCUUCAGUUCAACCUCAGGGAGAGUUUAUAAACGUGCAGGUAACUCCUGCUGAAGAAACAUUCACAGAGUUGAACGAAAUCAACGUCAAGAUCGAAGAAGAGAUGGAGGAUCAGACAGAAAUCAACGUUAAGAUCGAGGAAGAGAUGGACGAUCAGACAGAAAUCAACGUUAAGAUCGAGGAAGAGAUGGACGAUCAGACAGAAAUCAACGUUAAGAUCGAGGAAGAGAUGGAGAAUCAGACAGAAAUCAACGUUAAGAUCGAGGAAGAGAUGGACGAUCAGACAGAAAUCAACGUUAAGAUCGAGGAAGAGAUGGACGAUCAGACAGAAAUCAACGUUAAGAUCGAGGAAGAGACGGACGAUCAGCGCAGACUCCUGGACUUUACCCAGAUGCCGAUGAUAAACUUACACCGAAUAUCUCUCCCACAAAGGUGGGCGUGUAAAGAGGAGGAGGAGGUUCUGAGUGAGCUCAGCAACCAGGAGGGAAGAUACACUUUAAAUCAAGAGGAACCAGAACCUCUGCAGAUAAAACAGGAACAACAGGAACCAGAACCUCAACAGUUCAAAGAGGAAGAGAAGCAACUCAGCAUCAGUCAGGAUGAGGAGCAGCUUGUGCUGAAACAGGAGACUGACGACAUUUUGGUGAACAAACAGCAGAAAGACAAAACUGACAGUUCAGAACAAGAAACACACAAGAAAGCUCACCCAAACCAAAACCUAUGUUCUUGUAAAAUUUGUGACAAAACCUUUUCUCAAAAUAAUUCCUUGACAACACACAUGACAACUCACACGGCUAAGAAACCUUUCACAUGUUCAACCUGUGGAAAAAGAUAUCUUUACAAGAGUCGUUUAAUUGACCACAUGAGAAUCCAUACAGGGGAAAAACCGUUUACAUGUGCUGAUUGUGGAAAGAGUUUCCAUCAAAACGGCUCUUUAAGCAGACACAUGAAAAUUCACUCGGGUGAUAAGCCGUACACGUGCACAACCUGUGGAAAAUGUUUUGUGUGUAAAUCUCAAUUAUUUGAUCACAUGACGAUUCAUACAGGUGAGAAGCCUUUCCCAUGUGGGACCUGUGGAAAAAGUUUCCGGAGGAAACCUGACUUGGUUAGUCACGUCAGAGUUCACACAGGUGAGAAACGUUUCUCAUGUGGGACCUGUGGAAAAAAAUUCACUCAUAAAAACAGCUUAACUGCUCACAUGAGAUUUCACACAGGUGAGAAGACUUUCUCUUGUGGCACCUGUGGAAGAAAUUGCUUGAAUAAAUCUGACUUAGUUAAUCACAUGAGAACUCAUACAGGUGAGAAACCUUUCUCAUGUGAGACCUGUGGAAAAAGUUUUGCUGGAAGACACCGUUUAACUUCUCACAUGAAGUCUCAUACAAACAAAAAUUCUUUCCCAUGUGGCACAUGUGGAAGAAGUUUCACUCGUAAAAUAAUUUUAACUGCUCACAUGAGAACUCACAUGGGUGAUAAGCCUUUCUCUUGUGGGAUAUGUGGAAGACGUUUCUCUCGUAACAUACAUUUAACUGCUCACAUGAGAACUCACACAGGUGAGAAGCCUUUUCCAUGUGGGAUUUGUGGAAAAUCCUUUACGUGUAGAUCUGGUUUACGUCAGCACAUGACAACUCACACAAGUGAGAAGCCUUUCUCAUGUGGGAUUUGCGAAAAAAGUUUUGCUCAAAAAUACUAUUUGGCUUCUCACAUGGGAACUCACACAUGUGAGAAGUCUUUCUCAUGUGGGACAUGCAGAAGGAGUUUCUCUCAUAAAAAAAAUUUGACUGCUCACAUGAAAAUUCACACGGGUGUCUGGUAGGGGUUCACUGGUUUAUCAGUGUCACUUUGCUUCAUUUUUGGAGAUCUGUGAUCAGCCGUUACCUGUGAAUCUGAUCUUUUCCCUGGAUUUUAUCUACCUUAGCAAAGGUCUGAAAGUCAGCCACUGUCCUCUUCUGCUCUCUGUUGAGAGGUUUGACUGUUCAACCAGCCCACCAGGUCAUGUCUGCACAUUUGUAGUUCACAAUAGUCACUCCACUGUUGCCAGCUCAAUGACUUUCUUACUAUAUUUAAUGAUAUUUCAGACAAAAAAAAUUAGUGUUGCCCAAAAUUCGAAAUGGCAUAUCAGGCUUUUUAAAGACUGGUCAUCGGCGAUCGGGCAGAAAACUGCAGUUGGUGCAUCCCUAAAAGAAAUGUAACCGUUCACAUGAGAACUCACACAGGUUUGAUGGCAUAAUGUGAACCUCAAGUGCCAAAAUUCUUAAUAAUUUGCUUUUUGGAAACAGAGUAAUUAAAGCUGGAUUGAAUUUUUAAUUCAAUUCAGCUUUAAAACGCAUUUCAAAUCGGAGAUUUAGCUAAAAUACUUCAACAUUUGCUUUAUUCUGGCAAUUUUAUGUUAACAUUAUUUGUUUUUAAAGAGAAUAUGGGAGAUAUUCAUAGCUUCUUAAAGGAGCAAUGGUUUUGAAUGCUUUCAGGUUUACACUUGUAAAGUUUUGGAGUCUUUAUUGUGUGUUUAUCCUUUGUACUUAUUUGGUUUAUUUCAGUGAUUGGAUGAAAUCGAUACGUUAGCUGUUACUGCAUGUGCUUGUAGGGUUUCAAAUUAAUGGCCCUUUGUGAGUUAUGUUUUAUAAACUUUAAUCUAAAUAUCAUCCAUCAUUUUUUUCUCAGGAAGAAAUUGUGCUAAAUAAUGUUGAAAUCUGAGAUGUUUUCCCUUUUUGUUUAAACAUCUUCAUUGGCUUUAUUCUUGUUAGUUAAUGUAAGCUGCAGUUUUUAUCCAACUCUUGUUUUGUCUUUUUUUUUUUGACAUGGCUUUUAUGCUUUGGAUAGUAGAAAAGAUAUUGAUGAUAUGAAUUUAAUUUAAGAUAUAAUAAAGUUUAUUUUCCAC